AUGCCGGCGGGUAGCAAGAAAAAGAAGACCAAGCCCGCAGCAAAUCCAGCCAGAGGCUUUGCCACCACAUCUGUUGCGUCGAAGCCGAAGCCAGAGACGGCUUCUGAGGAGACCAGCACCAAGACAUCCGGAGCAGUCACACCUGCAGACAAAACCUCAACGCCUGCAACUUCAGUUGAAGCGCCUGCCUCAAGUGCAAAGACCGAAUCACGACAUCUCCACGAGCUCAGCCCAGAGGAACUGGAGGCACAACUGGAAGCAUCAGAGCUCCAGCAAUUUGUCGACAAACAUGGACCCAAAGUCAAGAAGGAAACGACACGUCAAGGCACCCGCCUUCAGACCGACAAGCGGUUGCUACGUGGUCAGGCAGAGUAUCUGUCCGUCAAGGACUGGCUGCCAGAAGAGUUGAUGCAGCACAUUCUGGACUUGACCCUGGAUGAUCUUCGGCGAGAUUCUGACUCUGUCAAGAAGAACAAGCUGCCUGUAGGGGACGAUCUCAUAGCAAAGGUUUGGCAAUUGAGGUCAACUCUCCUAGAUCUUGAUCUUCCUUUGGCUCGAGUCAACGAACUUCUUGGCUGGCUUGUAAGCAAUCCGCCGGCUGAGAAUGCAUCGAAUUACGGCUGGGGGAUCGAGGAGUGCUUCGAGUGGUUAUCGCUACACUGCGAGCCAGACGAGCUUCUAGACUAUGAUUUUCAGAAGCCGAAGUCGCUAAAUGCCGCUGUGGAGCUCGUAGACGAUGAGGUCGACUCUGCUUCAUCUAAUGAUGACUCGAAGAAGAAACAUGACUCGCCUGUCUCCCGUGGUGGUAAGGAGGAUGCAUCAUCUCCAGAACAGGAGAGCAUAGAUGUCAGCGAUGUUGAGAGUGAUCUGGAGCCCGAUGAACUGCUAUCUGUAUACCUGCGGACGAGGGUUAAACUCUAUCAGCUCAGUCCAGAAUCUGAAUCUGGACACACUCGAAAGACCAAGUCCUCCAAACCAGCAGCGACACCCGCCAAGGCGUCGAGAAGCGAUGGUACACGCAAACUCGAACAGAAGCUGCAGCGGAUAGAGUCCGAUGUCUUGUUCGACAAGCGACAAGCUGAUGCUCACUGGGCCGGGCAAAAGAUCGAAUUGAUGCGUGAUGCAGCCGAGAGGAAAAGGCUGCAGUUACAUGAGACGAACAAAUCGAAGGAUGACGAAGUUACACAAACUGAAGCACCAGAUAAUGACGUCAACGAUGAAGCUGAAAGACUUGGCCAAGAACUCCUUGCAGAAGCUGGCGAAGAUGGCGAUAUGCUCAGCGGCAUGUUCGACGCGCUGCCUAGUGUCCAACAGCCAGGCGAGGAUCCUACUGGCGAUGCUGAUGGCCAUGGUGUUACGAUCAGAGACUUCGGUCGACUUACUGGCAUGAACCCUAAGCGGGUCCUCGAGGAGGCAUGCAAGGCUCGAGAUGCGAGAAGCAAAGUAGUGUACAAGAUGGUUUCGCAGACGACAUAUGCUUGUAGGCAUACUGUCACGAUACAUUGGACAAAGGAGCAAGACGCGUUCGAGUGUGCAUUCAUGCCUGCUGUCGAGGUCAAGCAUAAAGCGGGCAAUGUCUUGGUCAUUACUGCCACACAAAUCGCUACGCCUGACAUUACUCAGAGCGAAGCCUUUGUCGCUACAGCCGCGCUAUUCUUGAUAUUCUCCGGCUCACCGAAAGAAGAGAAGGCACAUCUUCGACUGCCACCAACGUUCCGUAACCUCUGGGACGAGUUCGCUCGUGCAAAGCAGGAGCAUGUGCUGGCUGUAGACGGCAGCGUCGUGAAAGAAGUACGCGAGCUGGUGGAGAACAACAAAGGCUCAGAUGACGAUGACGAUGAUGAGGUCGUCUUCAAUGCCAGCAGUCGCCGACGUUUGGAGGGAGCCAGUGGCGCUGCAACGCCGGUGUUACGCAUUGGUACACCAAAGCCCGGAUCGCCAGAGAUCUCAGAGGAGCUUCAGAUGAUGUGGUACCACAAGACUGCGACCCCUAACUACCAGCGCAUGCUCCUCGCUCGCAUGAACUUGCCCAUGUUUCACUUCCGAGCUGUGGCUCUCGAUACCAUCCAGCGGAAUCAGGUCACCAUCCUUUGCGGAGAGACUGGCUGCGGCAAGUCCACGCAGCUGCCUGCAUUCAUACUGGAACACGAGCUGUCACACGGUAGGCCUUGCAAAAUCUACUGCACAGAGCCUCGUCGUAUUUCGGCCAUCUCUCUUGCACAGAGAGUAAGCGAGGAGAUGGGCGAGCAUAAGGGCGACGUUGGAACUGCACGGUCGCUUGUGGGUUAUGCCAUCCGACUGGAGUCUCACACUACCGCAAACACACGUUUGGUCUAUGCCACUACAGGUAUCGUCCUGCGUAUGCUAGAACGAUCCGAUGGCUUGGAUGAGAUCACCCAUCUCGUGAUCGACGAAGUACACGAGCGCAGUAUAGACACUGACUUUUUGCUCAUCAUCCUUCAGUCGCUUAUGAUCAAGCGCCCAGGCCUGAGAGUAGUGCUCAUGAGCGCAACCGUGGAUGCACAGAAGUUCUCGAACUAUCUACAUGGCGCUCCUAUCAUCAACGUACCCGGAAGGACGUUUCCUGUGGAAGCCAAGUUCCUGGAAGAUGCCAUCGAGCUCACUGGCCAUACCAACGAGGACGCCUCAACAAAUGCCGUUGACGAAGAUGACGCGGACGAUGAGGCACAGCAGAAAGGCGCCGGCCAACAGCAGCUUCAAGGAUACAGCAAGAAGACGCUCAACACGCUCGCCAACUAUGAUGAGUACCGUAUCGACUACAGUCUCAUCGUCAAGCUGCUAGAGAAGAUUGCGUAUCAGCCUCAGUACCGUGAUUUCAGCAAAGCAGUACUGGUCUUCUUGCCAGGUAUUGCGGAGAUCCGCCAACUGAACGACUUGCUUGCGGGACACCCAAAGUUUCAGAAAGGAUGGCGCCUACAUCCACUUCAUUCGACCUUCUCCAGCGAGGACCAGCAAGCUGCGUUUGAUAUCCCACCUCAAGGCAUGCGCAAAAUUGUCAUGGCCACGAACAUUGCCGAGACUGGAAUCACAAUCCCAGACGUGACCUGCGUUAUAGACACUGGCAAACACAAGGAGAUGCGCUUCGAUGAACGACGGCAGAUGUCUAGACUGAUCCAGAGUUUCGUCGCGCGAGCGAACGCGAAGCAGCGUCGAGGUCGAGCUGGUCGUGUUCAGCAAGGAAUCUGCUUCCACUUGUUCACCAAGCAUCGCCACGAUCAGCUCAUGGUCGAACAGCAGACUCCAGAGAUGCUUCGCCUAUCACUACAAGACUUGGUAAUGAGAGUCAAGAUCUGUAAGCUUGGUGGCAUCGAGGAAGCCUUAGCUCAGGCUCUGGAUCCGCCUUCGAGCAGGAACAUCAGAAGAGCCAUCGACGCUUUGGUGGAGGUCGGCGCGUUGACAGAGCGAGAAGAGCUCACAUCUCUCGGUACACAGCUAGCAAAGCUGCCACUGGACGCUCAGCUAGGCAAGCUGAUCUUGCUGGGAAGCAACUUUGGGUGCCUCGACUUCGCUUUGACCGUGGCCGCCACGCUCUCCUCCAAGUCCCCCUUUCUGAGCCCCAUGCAUGCCAAGAAGCAAGCCGACACAGUUCGACUCGGCUUCAAGCGCGGCGACUCAGACCUCCUGACAGUCUACAACGCCUACAGCGCUUGGCGCAAGAUCUGCACAACCCAAGGCAUGUCCGAAUGGCAAUUCUGCAACAAGAACUUCCUCAGUCCCCAAAACCUCGGCAACAUUGAAGACCUCAAAGCACAGCUCCUCAGCUCCCUCCAAGACGCCGGCUUCGUCCACCUCGGCGCCGACGAGAAAGCAGCCCUCUCCAAGAUGCGCUACAACCAACGCCACAGAAACUUCGUCGCCUUGCCUGCUAAACACACCGCGGCAGAAGAAAACGACACCAUCGCCAACUCCGUCGUGGCGUGGUCUUUCUACCCCAAAGUCAUCAAGCAAGACGGCAAAGGAUGGCGAAAUGUGGCCAACAACCAGUCCCUCGGUCUGCACCCUACCUCCGUCAACAAAACCAACCUCGCACCGGACGUGAAAUACCUCUCCUUCUACAGCAUCAUGCAGAGUUCCUCGCGCUUCACCAAUGCGCAAGAAACAUCUCCAGUCUCCGAGAUCCCCUUGCUGCUGAUGUGCGGCGAUGCAGUGUUUCACAUGUACGCUGGGGUAAUCAUUGUUGAUGGCAACAGGUUACGGUUCAAGGUGAAGGAUUGGAGGACGAUGAUUGUGUUGAAGACUCUGAGGAUGAAGUUGAGGGAAGUGGUGGCGAAGCUGUUCAAGAACCCUGGACGGGAGCUUGGAGAUCGGCCGAGAAGGUGGAUGGAGGUUUUGGAGAGGAUGUUUGAGAGGCAGAAGAGGGUGCAUGAGAAGCCACUUGGGCAGAUGCGGUAG